AAAUGAAAAAUGUAUUCAAAAUAGUAUAUAUUGUGUAUUUUUUGUAUCUUAAUUAGAUGCAUAUUAGAUGUAUACUGUAUAUUUCAUAUUCUACCAGUAUGGCAAAGGAAAUAUAUUGAAUAUCGCACUCAGCUAACAUUUGGAGGCAACAAGAAGACAUACUUACAUUACAGUGAAAAUAAUUAUUUUUAUUGGAUGACCAUUUUUUAGUAAUGAAGUAAUUUUAACAAAAUAACAUUAAUUUUGACUACACAUGGCAUUAAAGGGGAUAAAUGUUAUUGAAAUGGCUGGACUUGCACCAGGACCAUUUUGUGGAAUGUUAUUAGCAGAAUUUGGAGCUUCUGUAAUAAAAGUAGAUAAAGUUGGAAAUUUCCAGACAUUUCCAGAUUUUGUUGCUCAAGGAAAACGAUCUAUAGCAUUAAAUUUGAAAACAGAGAAGGGUACAGAUAUUUUAAAGAAAAUGUGUAGUCAUACUGAUGUAAUAAUAGAUCCUUUUCGUAGAGGUGUCAUGGAAAAAAUGAAAAUUGGGCCUAAUGAUAUAAUGCAGAUAAAUAAACGGAUUAUUUAUGCCAGAUUAACUGGAUUUGGGCAAAAAGGUUCUUAUGCAGAUAUGGCAGGUCAUGAUAUUAAUUUUCUAGGUUUAUCAGGCUUACUUUCUUUACUUGGGCGUGCUAAAGAGAAACCGACACCGCCUGUUAAUCUAGUUGCUGACUUUGCUGGUGGUGGUUUAAUGUGUGCCUUAGGUAUCAUUUUAGCUCUUUUUGAACGUAAUCGUAGUAACUUAGGCCAAGUUGUAGAUGCUUCUAUGGUAGAAGGUACAGCAUAUUUAGGAAGUUGGUGCUUUAGGUCUCAGUUAAUGGAUGCUCUUUGGGGUAACCCACGUGGUCAGAAUUUAUUAGAUACUGGCACACAUUUUUAUAAUACUUAUGAAACAAAGGAUAAACGUUAUAUGGCAGUUGGUGCUAUUGAGUCAAAAUUUUAUAAUAUUUUGUUAGAGAAACUUGGUUUAUCUGAGGAUGAAGUACCACAAUUUGAAAAUUUUGAUAAAAAUCAUGCAUUGUUUGCUGAUAUAUUUAAAACAAAAACGCAGGCUCAAUGGUGUGCUAUUUUUGAUGGUGUGGAUGCUUGUGUAACACCAAUUUUAAAUUUAAAAGAUACACCUCAUCAUCCACAUAAUAAAGAAAAUGAAACUUUCAAAGUUACAGAAGAUAAUUGUGUAAUACCAAAUCCUGCACCACGAUUAUCUCGUACACCUGGUAUCUCAAUGGCCACUCGUAAAAUUCCAAAACAAGGAGAACAUAGUAUUGAAAUUCUUACUGAAUUAGGAUUUAAUUCUAAAGAGAUAGAUAAUUUUUUAACAAACAAGAUAGUUACACAAAGUCUAUCUCAGUGUAAAUUAUAAAGCUAUCCUAUAAUUACAAUAAAUUUAAUAUAUGUUAUUGAAUAAUAUUACAAAUAAUAAUAUAUUUCAAUACAAUUCAAUAAGUACUUAAUAAUAUUGACAAAUAUUGAGUUGGCAACUAAGUGAUUGCCGAAAGUGUAAAGUCCAUCUAUCGACAAAAUCCGCAAUCACUUAGUUGCCAAUUCAAUAGUUGGAUAAAAGCAAUAAAAAUAUAUUUUUUAUAGC